GACAUAAGAGGAAUAAAGGUUAAUUUUGAAAAUGUUUUGAGUUGUGAUACUUUGCGGCCAUCUUUGUUCUGUCACCAUAGUAUUUAUAUAUGUAGUCGGCUGCGUCGGCGUUAUUCAUAUGACAGGUCAAUAUUUUUCCUGUUGAUGUGGCUUGUACAUCCAGGGCAGGGGCUUUUGCAGUAUGGGCGUCGUCAUCGAAAAGUGUGCCGUACCCUGAUGGAUCCUGUAUGCAUCAAAAUUGAACCGGAACACGAUCAAUGUGCAGCUACACUUCCAGUCCCAGAAGCGACAAAAAUUAAGGUAUUUCAUUUGGAAGGUUUGAAGAGGGAAUGGAUUGAAGACAAUGUGAAGAAAUGUGGCUGGGAUGAAGCUCAGGUGUGUGAAAAAACAGCUCCAGAGACAGAUGGGGUUAAGUUACACGUGUUUGAGAAAGCAGCUGCAGAGAAAGAUGUGGUUCACGUCAAAAGAGGGCCAUGUAAGCUGUGCAUAUCAGAGGAUCCUGUAUGUAUCAAAAUUGAACCGGAACACAAUCAAUGUGCAGCUACACUUCCGGUCCCAGAAGCGACAAAAAUUAAGCCAUUUGAUUUGGAAGCUUUGAAGCAGGAAUGGAGCGAAGAUGAUGUGGAGGAAGAUUUCUGGGACGUGGCUCAGGUACCUGAGAAAGCAGCUGUAGAGAGGGAUGGGGUUAUGUUAAAGGUGUGUGAGAAAGCGGCUGUAGAGAAAGACGGGGUUCGUGCCGAAACACCCAAAGCAGCACAGUCAUCUGAGCAGUGCCUACAGGAGGGACUGGAGAGUGCAAACACAACAGUGGACACUGUAAGGUUUAUCGUGCGAGGCCAGGAUAGGCCGCCUCCUAUCGACAAAUGUACCUCAGUACGGACCAGAAUUGACGGGACUGCAGGCACACGAGGGAUCGGUGGCGGCCAGCAGGUACGCGAGAGGAACAAAAGGAACACGCGCGUACUGUCGGUAAAGGUAGUGUUCGCACAGAGGCGGGGUCGAGUCGAUACCCCCGAGGAGACCCGUCCCGCACCGAGCACUGCGGUAAGUGACGGGAGGCGCGGGGAGGCGUCCGACAGCGGUCGCGGCUGUGACCCGGUCGACGGCGGUCGCGAGGUACCGUCCCGGUCGGAGGGCGACGCGGCUCCACUUGGCGGACGCGAGCCGUACACGUGCGACGACGGGGAGCCCCCGAGUACGCCCGCACGGCGGCACCGGUGGACCUGCGAGACGUGCCACGCGCCCUGCCGCAGCUUCCACGAACUCAGGGUGCACUGCUGGAAACACGAGGGGAAGCAGGUCUACGGCUGCGACCACUGCACCAGGAAGUUCGCACGCCGCAACAGCCUGAAGCGCCACUCGCUGCAGCACAUGCUGCUGUGGCCCUACGAGUGCGGCGUGUGCUGCAGGCGGUUCGUCAACAACACCCACCUGGCGCACCACUCGCUCGCGCACGAGGGCAGCCGUCCCUACCAGUGCGACUCCUGCGGCAGGACGUUCUCGCGGAGCAGAGACUGUAAAAUGCACUACCGCGCGUGCGUCGGCGAGCGGAUCUACUGCUGCGACGUCUGCGGCAAGAAGUUUGCCAGCGAGAGCGGCCUCCGGCACCACGGGCGCCUCCACUCCUUGCGGCAGUGUUGAGACCGUCUCUCUGCACCGUCGGGAAGGCGACUGGGGGGGAUUCUGCCGACGGUGCGAAAAUGCGCCCUCGUAAACCUGCCGUGCGUUUUCGCACUGUAACGUUCCCUUGCGUAUAAUCACUGUUGUAACAAUAAGUCUGUAGUAAAGUCAAAUUGUACCGAACUAAUGAACUACUUCGACAGAAAUAAUCGAUUUUUGAAAAUACGAUGCCGUCGGUUAUAUAAAAUAAUCUCGCCGAGUGGCAGCAGGCGAACACGCGUAUAAAAAGUAUUACAGUUUGUGAGCUUUAAGAGCCAGUGACUUCUUCUGCAGCAGGGUUGAAGGGGAAGCGAGAGGGGUGAAGGAAAGGGACCUGUGAGGUUUGGGAAAAGGGGCAGUGUUUGGAAAAGUUGCCCGGAAGCCCGGACCGGCGGAUUCUUGACGGGUGGGAUGAGAAGGGAAGACUCAUUGUUGGGGACUGCCAGCACUAAAAAAGAUGUAGGAGCAAGCUGUCAGUUAAUAUAGGUGGUACAGACAAAUAAACGAGUGGAGUAGCUCAUAAUGUAGAAAACAGACAGCAGAGACAGACAAGAAGGUUACAUAAAGGAGGAACGGUGGCCACACGGGCUAAUAUAUCGACGGAAAUAAUCAAUUUUUGAAAAUACAGUGUAAUUGGAUAGAGGAAAUACUCAUCGAGCAGUGGCGAGAAACUAAAAUUAAAUUGAGGUCCGCCCGAAUGGGCCACAAAGGCACCGACCGGCCGCCGUGUCGUCCUCGGCCCGCAGGUGUAUUUGGAUGCAGAUACGGAGGGGCACGUGGUCGGCACACGACUCUCCCCGGCCGUACGUCAGCUUACGAGACCGGUGUCGCUAUUUCUCAGUCGAGUAGCUCCACAGUUUGUCUCACGAGUGCCGAGUGCACUCCGCUUGCCGACAGCCCUCUGCAGACCGGACGGUCCCCCGUCCGAAUGGUAUUCCGGCCCGCCGAUCUGUCUGGAAGCGGUAUUACUAUUGCAGCGAGGCCGUCGGCUGUGGCAGGAAACACACGUAUAAAAACUAUUACAGUUUGCAAGCUUUUGGAGCCAGUGGCUCCUUCUUCUGGCAGAAGGGUUUAAGGUGAAGAAAGAGCCUUUCCUUCUCAUCCUGUUUGCCAAGUCUCCCCUGACACGGGGUUCUGGCCAACUCUUCUGAAUUCUGCCCCUUUUCCUCAACCCUCACCAGUCCUUUUCCUCGACUCCUCUUCCCCCUCAACCAGAAGAAGGAGCCACUGGCUCUGAAAGCUCGCAAACUGAAAUGCCUUUUAAAUGCGUGUUCUCCUGUUGCGACUUGGCGAGUAGAUUUUUUAUCUAUCCAAUUACAAGUUAAUGAAUCAUAAUUCGUGUGAAAUACAAAGCUUAUUUGCAAGUUUAAAUUUUUUUAGUACUAGAGAUGUCACACUGUGAUCAAAACCACUUUGCUUUGUAUGUUCAGGUGUGUAAUAAUGUUGAUGAUCACAUCUGCUCACUGUUAAAAAGUAAAGUCCUAAGUUCUUUCUGUUUGGAGCAUUUAAGUUUGCACUACGUAUGCACCCGGAAGACACGAAGAGCACUUUAAAAUUCACUUCUACACAGACUGACUGAUAUACUGUGUCUGUCCCGUAAUGACACGAACUGAACUGCCGGUCUGCAGUGUACUUUAUUGGCCGUCAGUCUGCAGCUCGUGCUGUAGCGGUAGAGGUGCCACCUCUAAACCGUGGGGUCCACGGUUCGAUUCCCUGCCGGGUCAGAGAUUUUCUUUGCGCAGAGACUGGGUGUGUCUGACGUCUUAAUCAUUUCCUCUCGCAUUCCUCACAGAGAUGCACAAUUUGCCGUCAUGGCGUAAAAUGGAACAACUCGCACCGGCAGUCGAACGACCCCAGACGAGAUCUCGAGGCUGGCAGUGUUGUGCUGUCAUUUUAUUUCAGUUCAUCUGGUCGGUGGACACAGCGUACCGGUUUGACAGGCAGACGUGCAUUAUUACAGGGUGUAUACGCCCCAGGACAACCGGUAAAUCUGGGAAAAACCCAGUGAUUUUGUCAUCCAGGAAAUACCUGGGAAUUUUUCGUUGUUUUAGUUCCCAGUCAAAUUUUUGUAAUGUUGACUGGUAGGUAAUGUUACAUAAAUGAGAGAAUAACACAAAAGGAAAACUUCAAAUGCAAAGAAAAUGCGCCAUUCACAACAGCAAAAUGUGUCAAAGACUGUGCAGUACUUCGUAACAACAGACUGCUUACGAUGAGCGUGACGUCACAACUGCUGACAUUUUGAACAGGUCACUUUUAAGAUGUUGCAAAUCGUUUUUUGAGGAGUGUUACUUUGAAAGUAAGUUUCCGUUUACACAAGAUGAAUUACGUUACAUGUGUGAAUGUGGGAUUAAUUUCUUAAAUCACGGAGUGUUCGAUUCUCAUUCAAAACGCAACACUUCGAGGACCAGCCAAUUAGAAAUUUCGAGCCCAGAAGACCAGCUAUUUAUGCCGGUAUUUAAAAGAUUGCUGGCGCAUUUGUGUUUGAUAUAUCUUAAAGGUUGCUGCGUGCUAAGAAAGACCGAGUUUCAAGAUUAGUUUUCCAUUUUUAUUUUAGUUCUUCCAUAGGUUACAAAUUAUGCAAUAAUGAUAGCAAAAAGUGUAAUUAUCCUACAAAAAAAAAACAGCACAAAGUGAGUUCUCGAGCAGUUUCACCCGUAAUUGGCUUUUCUGUGGAAAACUUAUAUUUGGCCAGGUAACACACACAAUUUUUGGUGCACAGUAGUGAAAUUUAUAAUUCUGCUUGUUGGAAAGAUUCAGCUGCUGCAGUUCACGCUGUGCUCCAGGGAUCCUGCCUAACUACACUCUCGGAAAAAUACAGCAAAAAAUUAAGUGUUGCCGCACAUUAAAGAUUUAUCCAAAACGGGAUAUUUUUGCUGCUUUUCAUUUCUCAAAGUGUGUAAAACCUUCACCAUUCAAAGGAUUGACAAGUUUUACAGUUCCAAUGGAAAGUACUUUCACCAGGGGUAUAGUGUACUUUCGCCCAGGAAAAAGUAUCUAUAUCUGGGAUAUGCGGGAAAAAUCCGUGAUUUUUUUUCCUGUCCGUGUAUACACCCUGUAUUAACAAUAACAUUUUAAUGAUUUACAGUUACAAGUCGUCGUUCUAAAGUCAUAUAAAUGCUGCAUGACAAAAUGUAAUUGCAGUUUAUGUACUAGAGUUUAAUAAAUUUGCAUGCCUUCAAA